AUGGGAUAAUAAUCAUCUCAACAUUAAUGUAAAGAAAGUAAAAAUUAUAUCAGAUAGAAUGAAAAAUAUAAAUUAUUACUUUAAAGUUCAAUAAAAUAACCAGAAUUGUGUUAAGCAAUUUCAAUUAGUUAAGAUUCUAAUAUCGUGAUUGCUGCUAGUAAUUGUAAAAUUAGAGUUUUUAAAUUAAGCUAGGAUUUGAUAAAACAAAUUUAGGUUUUAUAAGAACACAAAGGUUAUGUAGAUAUUUUAUGUUUCAUGAAUAAAUUUUGUUCUUUUAUUUCUGCCAGCAGUGACAACUCGAUAAUCAUAUGGUAGUUGAUUAAUGACAACAAAUUUAUCAUUUAAAAGAAAUUACUUGGUCAUACUUAUUAUAUAAGAUGUAUGAUUAUUAAUAUUGACGAUAAUCUUAUUAUUUCAAGUGGAUGUGAUAAAACAAUUAGAUUUUGGAGUCAAGAUAACUUUUGGGAUUGUUCAUAAAUAAUUAAGAAUAAUUUUAAUUGGGUAUAUGCUCUUAGCUUAAAUGAAUAAUCAAAUUAUUUAAUCUCAUGUGGAGAUGAUUUAUUCAUUUUAGUAUUUAAAUAUUCUUAAGAUAAUCAUCUAUGGAUAUAAACACAAAAAAUUUAAACAGAAUUUGGAGGUUUUAGAUUAUGUUUUGUGAAUGAUAACUUUUUCAUUUUUCAACCUAUUCAUCAAUAAAAUUUACAAAUAUUUUAAACAUAGAAUUAAGAUCAACCAUAUGAAAAAAUUAAUGAAAUUAAAAUUAAUGGAUGUCAUAAUGAUACUUGUUUUUUUCCUUCAUAAUAUAUAAAACAAAAACAGAUUUUAAUUUUUAAAAAUGGAUGCUUUAUAAAUAUUAUCAGGAGAAUCGAAAACAAUUAAUUUAUCUUAGAUCAUUCAAUUUAAUUUGAACAUAAUUCUCUUUUUGGUUCAAUCAGCUCAGAUGGAAAAUAUUUAAUAACAUGGGAUAAUUAAUCUCAAUAAAUAUAAGUAAGAAUAGAAAUAGAAUGA